CAGCGGGUCCCACACAGUUGUCACCCACCAAUUCAUAUAUUUUACCGUACCCCGCGACCCUCCGCCACAUUACUCAUUUUCUUAUUUCAUAUUCCCUUCUCACAAUUCUUCUUCACUCCAGAACUUUUCAUUCACCAACCAAAUGGACCCCACACAUUCCUUUCACCGCCGAUUUCCUUCCAACUCCGACCGAUUACUCGGCGCUUUCAAUUUCUCUCCUCCUUCCACUGUCACCGCCUCCGCCGGCGAUGAGCUCAACGAAGCUGAACUGUUUUGGUCAUCUGAUAGCUCCGAAUCUGAAAAUCAAAAUCAACGUCCAGCGCCUCAACCGACUGAGUUAACUCGUCACCGGAGUUUCGAUCUAUCUCAAGACUCCGGUAUCCUUGCUGUUCUAUCAGGUCCAGACAACCGUGAUUCACCGGUGUUUCGUGGUAAAUCUCCCGUUUCGUCUUCUAGAAUGAUUCCUUCGUUUCCGAGACCUAGACCUUCUUCCGGUUAUAACUCCGAGCAAUUGGUUCAGUCUAUGCCUUCUAGAAAGUUCCAACAAUCGGCUCCAGUGAAGGUUCCGGUUCUGCCACCGAGUCAAUUCUCGAGACGGCGGAACGUUGAUGCACUUGCGGUGUUGGACGAUGACGACGACGACGGCGAGGAGCUGUUGCCGCCGCAUGAACUUGUGGCGAGAGGCUCUGGAGUUUCGCCUAGAACUACCUUUUCGGUUUUGGAAGGAGUUGGGAGAACUCUCAAAGGGAGAGAUCUCCGUCAGGUGCGAAACGCGGUUCUGCGGCAAACCGGUUUUCUUGAUUAAACCGGUUUUUGUAAACCGUUUGUUGAUAUGUGUUGUUGAGAUGGUGGUGGAAGUUUAAUUUUGAUAGCUUCUAUACACCAUUUGUUCAUGAAGAUGAUGAAUUAGGAAUUUUGAAUUUUGAAUU